GCCCGUGCGCUCGUUCCGGAUCUCGUAGCGCGGCUGCUCCGCGCCGGCCCCCAUGCGGCGACCCGCCUGGGCGCCCGGCUCGGCGAGCAGGCUGAUGAUCCGGCCCGUGCUCUUGGAGGUGCUUGCGUCCCGGCCAUGAUCUGAAGGUGUUCUGUAUGGUCUGGCUGUCUGUAUGUCUCUGGGCGAGUCCUACCCGUGGGGGCGCUGGAUGGGUAGGAUGGCGCAAACGAAGAGACGAGAAAGGAGAGGCCAUCGUGAGGUCACGAUCAAAGGCUAAGGUAAGGCUGCUCGCCGUCAUGCUGAUCUCAAGGGCCCUCUCCAGGGUCUCGUGGCCAUUUCUGCCAAAGCCAGAGAGGGAGAUCCGCUACUGCAUUGCUUGAGGGUGACGGUGCACAAGGUAAGCAUGUACGUAAGCCAGGUGGCCCGCCGUAGCCAUGAUAGCCGUGACGACCCCUGAUGAUCUGGACGUCAAAACCACGAUGGUCGGGUUUGGCGUCGAAGUUGAAGUUGCCCUGGAGCUGGAUAGGGUUGACGUCGUCAGCCUUGGCGUCACAUCGCUGCCACCGUUGCGUCACUGUGACCGUACUGAUAAACAGGCAGACAAAG